CGUUCGUAUUUUAAAUGUCGCCGUUACAGUCCGUUUUAAUUGGAUGUAUGCAACUUCGUAGUGAACGUCCUUAAUCGCACUUAUGAAAUUGUCUUUCUACCUGGAUUAGUUGCUGCAACUGUGAUUGCUCACCUUUCAACAUCUGUAGAAACACAUAAACACUAGCAAGGUGUUGCUACUUAAGUCAUGAUUUGUUAUAUUUUCGGUAUCUUAUUUUGCACUUGCAGUUUGUUUUCUUUGGCUGUGUGUAGUGAUAUAUGCGGUGCGACUGACGAAAUCUUGUCUUGUUUCACAAAGAUAUUAUCUUAUGAAGCGAUUGAGGACUUACAUCGAAAUCUUGAUGGUGAUAAAAAUGGAGAAAUCGACCAUUCCGAAACUGAAAAGUUUUUGAGGAAAGAAUUCAAUUCGGGUGAUGCUGCCAAGAAAUCACGUAUGUUAAACAGCGAUGAUCCUCUUAUUAGUCUUACAGACUUGUGGCAGAUGUGGAGAAAUAAUCCUGCAUUCAACUGGACUGUGAGAGAUACUACCCAAUGGUUAGUUAGUUUGGUAGAUCUCCCUCAGUACGCUGAUUUGUUUCGUCAACAUAAUUUAGAUGGUCGUUCAUUACCACGCUUGGCUAUGCAAAAUAUGAGCUACUUAACCGACGUCCUGGGGAUUCAGAAUCCGAUACACAAGAAGAAAUUGAUGCUUCGUGCUUUGGAUAUCAUUCUGUUUGGACCUCCAAGACAGCCAGUACUUGUGUCAGGAAAUGUUUCUCUAGUCACAUUGUCAAUAGGAUUGUUAUGCGUUUCGUUUGUGGGUUUUUCUCAUUGGUUCUAUCAUGCAUCAAGUUUUUCGGAGAAAAAUUCCGUUGGUGAAAAUCAAGAAAAAUUAAAUGUUGCUGAACAAACACUGAAACAACUUCAAAAAAGGUUAGAUGAUGUGGAGCAAUUAAGGCAAACGUUGAAUGCUUAUGAAAUAAAUCAACAUUUUGCGUCAUCCUCAUCAUCAGCUCCUAAGAGUAUGAAACGAGAUAAUUUGUCAUCGCCUCAUCUAAAAAGUAUGGAAGCGUUGAAUGAAGAUAGUCUUAAUACUCAUAAACAAUCAUACGAUCAUUCAUCAUACAUACCGUCGUCAAUUGCUGAAUUCAGUUUGUCAACUGACUUAUAUAAUGAUUCUUUACAUCCGAAUUCCUUGAAUCAUAAUAAUAUAUACUCAGCAAACGAUCCAUUGACUUUUGAUCAAAUACGUACUUUACAAUGUCGCAAAAUUCUAAAUUUGAAGGGACGAAGUUCUGGAAAUGAUUUUUGUUCACCAGUUACUUUAUCAUCAAAUCCUUGUAAUAAAUACCAUCUAGGUGAACCCUAUUAUGAACUUAGACAUUGGCUACAAGUUACUUAUGAAUUGGAACUUAAACGUUAUUGUGAAAAAAGAAUGAAAGCUGAAAAGAAACUGGAUUUUGCUCGACAAUCUUGUAAACGCUUUAUGCGUAAACGUUAUGGUAUUUUUGGUUCAGUUCGAUUAGUAAAUGCGAUAAAUUUGGAUGAAUUGGAAAAUCGUUUGAUUAGUGCGAAACAAGCUUUGGAUCAACUUGAAAGUGAAGUUCAAGAACGUAUAAACCGUUGGAGUCGUAUUGAAGCUUUAACUGGUCACUUUAUACGUACAGAUAUCCAUAAUCAAUAUGCGAAAAAUACUAUUUGUGAAACUACAAACUCAAUUCAUUGCUCAAUGGAUAAGUAUAGAUAUUGUAAUGGUAGUAUGAAGUCUAGUGAUUCUGAUCGUUUGUCAUCUAUGGUUGAAGAAACUUCUCUAGAAUCUAAUCGUUUUUCUAAAUGUACUGGUAAUUGCUUGGUGAAUGAUUUCGAUUGUACUCAUAAUAAAGAAAGUAAGUCUUUGAAUCAGAUUUUUAUCUGAAUAUAUCGGUUAUAGUUCAUUUGGGACAGAUAGGAGGAUAUCUGUACGUGGCUGUUGAUUAAUUGAUUGUCUAAAUAAUGAUUGUUUAGUUUAUUAAAGAUUAUACGCAUAAUACUUUAUUAUGUUGGGUUUAGUCUAUUUACAAAUUAACAUUGACAACUAAUAUUUACUUUUUGUGAAUCUUAUAUUUGUGUAGUUUUCAACUUGAAAGAAUCAUUUCAAUUAAACACUGAAACUACUGAUACAUUCAGGACAAGUUUACCGCGAAAUUAUUCUUUUGUUCGACCAUUCGCUACUUUAUGGAGACGUAAGACAAAAUCUGGCCGAGGUAAAUCAGAUUCUAAACAGUAAUUAUACAGAAUUUCUCUUUCUUUCAUCAGAGUAAUACACUUAUUUCAUUUUAAUUUCUGAUUUCUUCCACUAUUUAUCUUCACAAGAUGUCAAGCUGAACCUUUAAAAUGACAUGAUUAGAUUCUUUGUUACUUUCUGUUAUAUAUAUAUAUAUAUAUAUAUAUAUAUAUAUAUAUAUAUAUAUAUAUAUAUAUAUAUAU